GCAUGUUCGUAUCUAACGAGACUUCGCGAGACCAUAUAGCCUUGAAAACGAAAAUAGAAACACCGGUAUUCCCAGCGUAAAACUGUGGUAUUUGACGGUUUGAAAUAAGUUAUCAGAACUAAUUAAAAAUGGAUUGUUCUUUUACUUCUCUAUGAACAUACCCAUGGAUGAAUGUAACAGAAGAAAAGGAUAACAUGUGAAUUAUGCAUUAGAUAUGGGGUCACAAUACGACGAUUUCGGGUCAUUGCUCAGUGGAGGGUUUUCUACAGGUGACCCUUUGAGUACCAUGUUUGGCGGAAUACCUGAUAUAGGUAUGGGAAGCCAACAAGGCACAAGCGGAAGUGGUUUAGAGCUUGCCCCCCUUUACAGUAGUCAAAGGCAUAAUACAGGAGGAAGAGACACACAAUAUCCUUAUGGAGAAAAUAACUUUUUUGGUGAUUAUGAAGAAGAGCAGGAGACCUAUUCUAACGUUGAUGCAAGUGGCUUCCAUGUAGGUGUUAGAAUGUCACGCACCCAUCAAACACCGUUCGGGCCUGCCAGAUCAAAUGUUGGAAUGCAAAUGAGUGUUGGCCAGAAUGGUGUCACUAUGAGUAGUACUCGAAGAAGUUCCUUUGGAUUUGGUGGGGGUGGCAUGCUUAUGCUUAGUUUUGGUGGCAGACCGAAUCAUCAGUGCCUUGGUCAUAGACGGUCAGAUCCUAUGGGUAGUUUCUUGUCUCCAUUUGGUGGUUUGUUUUCACCUUUUACUGGUUUGUUUCCACCAAUGGGUAAUGACCCGUCGCUUUUUGGUGUAGGAAGGCAAACAGGAACAAGUUCAGUUUACCAAGAGGAAAAUGUAAGGUCGGAUGGUCCAAUUAUUGAAGAAAUAAUUGAUGAAGAUGAAAGUACCAGUUUACAAAAUGAGUAUGCUGUCAAUAUGGAAGGUAAAGAAGAAGAAAUAGACGCCUCGUUAGGAUUAGGUCUGCUACCGGACAUGGAUUCUUCAAACGAUCGCUACCAAAGUCAAAGUGUUCAAAAUGGAGGGGAAUUUCGGAAUAACGGAAUAUUGAAUGAGUUUGCAUUUUCAGAAGACACUCAAAAUACAAGAAAAGGCGGAAAUAUCAUCGGUGGAAAGGACAAAGAAAGAAAAAAUCGACGAAACAAAAAUAAGAACGGAAGAAAAAGACCUCAAGUACGAGAUACUCGAGAAGAGGAUAUGAUCAUUUCAGAGCCAGCAACAAUUGUUAAUACCGAUUACGAAUUAAGAGAUCAACCAUCACAUACUUGUUAUGGUUCAGAGAACACAAAUCAUGACAUAGAAUACUUGCACUCUGAAAAUGUCAUUGAUGAUAAUAAAUCAAGAUCAAGACAAAAGUUUUCAAAACAAGAAUUCAGAAACAUCCCGCUCCCAUUAAAUGAUGACUUUAACAGCUUGCCAUUUCUAAGGUCCCCUGUUAUUGAAGAAAGAUGUCACGAAAACAGUCGUUUGGAGAGUUUAAUCAAUGAUAGUCCUGUCAAUACGCAAAGUAGAAAAAAGGUAAACAAAAAUUCAUGUGUAAGAGUGCGGCGUGAUUCCUCUGAAAGUACUGCUUCAAUGCAGGGUAAAGAAAUAAAUGAUGAAUCAUCUGAAUCGUGUGAUAUAACAACUGACGUGCUAAAUAUACAGUCGUUUCCCACCAAACAUGCUAGUGAUAGUAAUAGUGUAGCCACACACAGAGAAACAACAGAGAUGGUUUCAAGGAAAGACUCUUUAUUGGAAAACUCAAAUGAUGACUUAACACAAAAACCCACCGUUUCUGUUUGUGGAUCCCCGCAAAGCCCUGAGGAAAGUUCAAACAUUUCGGAGAAAUUACGUCACGAUGACGACGAACAUGUGUUUCCUUUUUCAUUUAAGGAGGUAAUGGCCGAAAAAAAUGAUGGAAUUAUUUUUGAUACAAAAGUAAGUUUGACAGAAUGUCGCAAAAGUGAUGAACAAAAAGUUUUCAAAAGAGAGGCGAAAUGA